AUGACACCCACCAACACAGCUGCCUGGCUUUCCGAAGCAAAGAAGAGUCCAUUUGAAAUAAAAGAAUCACCAGUCGGCGAGCCAGAGGCCAACGAAAUCUUAAUCCGCAACCAUGCUGUCGCCAUCAACCCAAUCGAUGGACUGAUCCAAACGAAGGCCUUCUUCCCCUUGAACUACCCGACCAUUCUCGGGCACGACAUAGCCGGCGAGGUGAUUUCCAUCGGCAACAAUGUCACCCGAUUCAAACCCGGGAUUCGCGUCCUAGGCCAUGUCGUCGGGCUCAUGGCCGGACGCACCGAGGCCAGCGGUUUCCAGACCUACACUAUCCUACAAGACAACCUCGCCUGCGAAAUACCUGACCACAUCACUUACGAACAAGCCGUCGUGUUGCCUCUCUGUCUCUCAACUGCCGCAAGUGGAAUGUUCCAAGAGGAUUUCCUCCAUCUGAACCUCCCGAGCGAACCACGCGCUGCGUCCACUGGACAGACACUUAUAGUCUGGGGCGGUGCAUCCAGCGUCGGCAGUAAUGCUAUCCAACUCGCUGUCGCUGCAGGCUACGAGGUGAUUACCACUGCAUCUCCGAAGAACUUCGACUACGUUAAACGCCUAGGGCCCAGCCAGGUCUUCGACUACAGCAGUCCAACUGUCGUGGAGGACAUCGUCCAAGCAGCCAAAGACAAGGUUCUCGCCGGUGCAAUCGACUGUAUCGGGUUUACUGCCACGGCAGCGUGCAUUGAUAUUCUGAGCAAGUCACAAGGGAAGAAGUUUGUCGCUACUGUCAAGGGCGGCUUUGCGCCGCCUCCGGAUGGGAUUCAGGUGAAGCAUAUAUUCGGGACUACGCUCAAGGACAACUUUGUUGGAAAAGCCGUGUACGAGGACUUUCUCCCGCGCGCGCUGCAGUCAGGAACUUUUGUGCCUGCCCCUGAGCCUCUGGUGGUGGGGACGGGGCUGGAAAAGGUGCAGGAGGCGGUGGAUUUGUAUGGGAAGGGGGGCAUUUCUGCGAAGAAGUUGGUUGUUCUGCUAUAG